AUGCAGAGCUUGAAACAGCCCCCCGAUCACCAUCCUCACAGUCCGGCUCUCCUGUCCUCAUGGCGCAGACGUUCCCCCGCAUCGGUCGCCUGCGUCCGACCUCUCCCCCUUCACCUUCAAUCCUCCGGCGGCUCUCCUUCCUUGCAUUCCUCCCCCGUGCUUGGCUCCAAGUACAACGAAUCAUACCCGGUGAAUUCUGCUUCUUCUGUCUCCUCGGUCUCCAUCCCCUCGACCCCGACCAGCUUGCGCUCUCGAAGCCCCAGCAUCUCGUCCUUGGAAACAAUUCCCGACAUCCCAGAUGCCGAGAAUGAGGCUCUGGAAGAAGAUCGCAUUGCCGAGUUGAAAGCCGCGGCAGACGCAGCCGAUGCGGCCAGCAAUGCGAACCGGCGCCGCGGAGCAUCUGAUGUGCCCGGCUCAUUUACCACAAUGCGAGGGGGAACUGGCACAUACGCACCCCGCAACGACAAGCGGAAGCGAUGGAGUGUCUGCGGUGCCGAACGACGGCAGGAUCUCGACCUAGAGACCAUUUGGGAGGAUUAA